CAGGACGGGGCAGCCAUGGGCGAGGCGGCGGCGGGCAGCGCCGUGCCCCCGCUGCCGGCCGAGGCGGCGGGCGGGCAGGUGAACGCGCUGACCGUGCUGGCCCUGCUGGAGAAGCUGGUGUCCAUGCUGGAGGCGGUGGAGGGCCACCAGCGGCAGAUGGAGCAGAGGCAGCGCGGCUUGGAAGGGGCGGUGCGGGGCAUCCAGGAGGACCUGGUGAAGCUGUGCCGCAGCCACGGCGCCACGGGCGAGGCGGUGGAGAAGCUGCUGGAGAAGUCGCGCAAGGUGUGCGCGCACACCCGCGCCGUGCGGGAGCGCCUGGACCGCCAGUGCGACCAGGUGCGGCGGCUGGAGCAGCACCACGCCCAGCUGCUGCGCCGCGACCGCUUCAAGGUGCUCAUCUUCCAGGAGGAAAAUGAGAUCCCUGCCAGUGUUUUUGCAAAAGAGCCCGUUCCUAGCAUUACAGAAGGAAAAGAGGAGCCUGUGGAUGAGAACAAAACACUGGAAGAAACCUUGCACACAGUGGAGCUGGGUUCAGAUGAUGAUAUGUUUCAUGAUGGAGACGACUUGGAUGACAGUGCAGAGGAGAAAACAGAAGAAUCAAGAGCUGAGAAACUUAAAAGAUCCAGCCUCAAGAAGGUGGACAGCCUCAAGAAAGCGUUUUCACGCCAGAACAUCGAGAAGAAGAUGAACAAGAUCGUGUCACCCGAACGGAGAGAAAAGAUCAAGAAAUCUCUCACGGUGCACCACCAGAAAUCCUCCUCUUCCAAGGGCUCGGGUUUCAAAGUGUCUCCCCUCACCUUCAGCUCCAAGAAGGGCCGUGAGGGAGAGAGCCCUGCGGAAGCCGAGGACAGGCCGUCGGAAACGGCGAGCGCCGAGCAGGCUGAGAACGAGGACGAGGCGUCCUUCGCCGACACGCACUCGGAUACGGCACCCAGCACCUCCCUGGCCGAGGAGGGCAAGGCAGCCGUGGAUUCCCUGCAGAAGGAGCCCAGAGCAGAGGGCAGGGCCGUGCUGAACAACAUCGAGCUGUCCAUCGUGGAAGAUGACGAAGAGUACGGGGUGCCUCUGGAAGUUUCUAGCCAGAAACUGUUCGAUGAGAGGAGCAACCCAGUUGGCGGGGAGAUGGAACAAUGCGAUGAGGAAACCACCCCAGCAGCCAUCCUGCAGGUGAACCAAACAGCGUGAGCAGCCGGAGCCCCCCUUCGCCUGCCGGGCACACACGGAUCUCCUGAGCAAGGAACUGUUCCAGCUGCACGGGCAGGAGAAGCGGCUCUUCCAUCCUUUUCUCUGCAGUGAUAAUUUCUUGCGUCGCGGUGGAACGCGGAGUGGCCAAGGUCAAUGACUGAAGCUGCGACGUGCUCUGCUCUAGGCCGAGCCACUGGUGUUGAUGAGUUCAGAGAUGCUGCCAGCUGCUGUCAGGGACUAGCAGGAAGAGAGGAUGUCUGGCUAUAGAGUUAGGGCAGAGGAACGCAUGGAGGCUAGUCAACACCCCAGCAUUUCUGUUCUCUCUUCUUCCCCCAGUACUUCCCAGCACUGUGAGUAGUCUUGUAUGUCAUGUAGGAAUCCCAAUGAGAACACUUGAUUUCAUUGCCCUGUCGUGCUCUGUGAAUACUAACAGCCUCAGUGAUUGUGCACACACGUGUAGUUUGUGUGGGACUUUGUUCCACAGCACCAUAGGACUAAAAGACAGACAGGAAUUCUUAGAGGGCAAAGCUGAAAAUCCAGUUCCAUCCAUUUCAGUGGGGGAAAGAUUUUUGCCAGUAGUCACUCACUCGUCAUUUAGAAGAAAUCACCAUGUUUAGAUGGAGGGGGGGGGGAAAAGUAUUUUUCAAUCUAACAGAUUUAUGGAAAUAUGAUAAUGACAAGCAUGAAUGUGUGAUUGGUUACUGCACCUUUGAGGGUUCAGAAAUUUAAAAGAAAAAAAUAGGUGUUUGACAGGAGCAUGAAGGUAGCAUGAAGAAAAUAUGAAAUGCUAUGAAAUGCAAAAAAAGCAAAAAUAACCCCCACAGUAUUCAAUCUAUACUCCCAGCUUAAAGUAUAUAUACUCAGAUAACACUAAUUAAUUUGCAGUCUUUAUAGCAAUAUACUAUCAAACUUUGCACUUGCACAACUUUGUAUCUCAGAGUAUUUUGAAAAUAGCAUAAUUUAUCUUUUUACAGAUUAUUUCAUAUAUAGAGCUAUAUCUACACAGGAGAGUUAGAUAAUUACAGGGAUGUAAGGACAAUUUCUACAAAAAGGUGAAAUACUCUUUCAGGCAAAGGGAACAAUGUGUUAUGGAUUGAACUUCAUGGCAGGGAUGAGUUUAUGGAAGCAUGAGCCUGCAAAGCCAUAGGAUUUGGUUCUCUGCUAGUAACUUUGAUCAAAGUCACCCACCUCCUCUCAAAAUUACUAGUCUGUAAUUUUUCAAAACUGAUUGAAAAUGAGAGGUUACAAGGUAGUUUGUUCACUAUGAAUGUUCAUUCCUGUCACUUAAAGGUAAGGGGCAAGGGAGGAAAGGGAAGCACAAUACCCACAACAGUUCCCUUACAUCCUUGGUUGUUUAUGCAGUGGGUUAUUUUUAUUUUUUUAUAUACAUAAAAAUUCUACUGAUACUUAACGUUGCACUAAAAGGUUGCUUCCUUUUGUGUUUUAGAAUCACAAAUUACAGGGGAAAUAAAAGCUACAGCAGAAGUACCAUUAUGAAAUAAUUAACAGGUAUUACUCCACAGGGAUAAUACCUGUAACCAGUAAAUCACACUGGAAGUUAGUUAGUCAGACCUUAGUGUAGGCAAGUACUAUUAAGAGUUAAGCUCUUAAGUGCAAGGUAUCAUGUAGAAGAUACUGUUUCUAAGGAAAAUCAUGGCAUAACUCGUGCAGCUAUAUUUUUAUUUUGUAUUAACUACAAUGGAUUUCAAUAAUUUUUACUUGUAACUAACUAUGAAUAUGACAAAUAAAAGCAUAAUAUAAAACACA